AUGCAAGAAUUAAAGUAGAGAGAUGUAAUAGUAAAAUAAAUCAAAUUACUCAUUUAACAACUACAAUAACAUCAUUUAAUUUAAAAUCUUGUUCCAAAUAGUCAUUAAGAUAAUAUAGCUGAAUUUAUGAUACUGAAUAGACUUAAAUAUAUUGAUACUUAUAUUUAACUAUGUGAAUUGACAGAAAAAUGUUUAGGAUAAGCAAAAUCAGAUAAUAAAGUAAAUGACAGAAUAUUAAAUGAUCAAUUUCACAUAUAAUUAAUAUAAUUUGGAAUGAUAGAAAACCAAAAAUAAAAAGAAAACAUUUCGUAAAAAUGA